ACAAAAUGAAAAUCUACGUAAUAAAGCAAUCCACAAAGCGUCAAUCCGCAUUAUCGUCAAUGUAAACUUCACUUUUUCCAAUCCCUUUAUUGCAAACCCUGAACCUUUAUAACAACAUUUGCAGUUAUUAAUAUACUCCAGUUCAGGCCAAAUCCUUGGAGAAAAUUGGUUCUAUUUAUAUAGGUAUCCAAGAUGCCGGAUUGGGGUCCAGUUUUCGUGGCUGUGGUGUUGUUCAUUCUGUUGACUCCGGGUCUUCUGAUUCAGAUGCCGGGUCAGAACCGAUUCGUGGAGUUCGGCAACUUCCAGACUGGUGGAUUAUACAUACUGGUUCAUUCUAUUAUCUAUUUUGCUCUCAUUUGCAUUUUCUUGUUGGUUAUUGGGGUUCAUAUCCAAUGAU